CAAGAAGCCAACUUCAUAUCAUUACUAUUCACAUGACACUGGUUUCCCCCUGACUUCGCGACGAAUUGGCGAAUGAAUGGGGGUUUUGGCUCGCUUAUCAUCAAUUCCCAACGAUUUGGACCUGAUUCUCCAUCUUUGAUCCUUCAUCGUCUGUGCAUUCACUAGUGCUUACUCGACUCCCUAUUGAGCAUUAUUGGACUUCAUAUCUAAUAUCUCGAAAGUCCUUCCUCACCUCGAAUAUUCUCACCCCGAACCCACACCAAAGAAUCAUGACCAAAGACGUCCAACUAGACAACGUCCUCAUAACCGGUGGCUGCAACUUCAUCGGCCACGCCCUCGUCUCCCACAUCCUCACCACCUCACCCACAACCAAAAUCACCAUCCUCGACCUCCCCACCUCCCUCCCCCUCUUCCCCACUGUAACCUACCACCACAUCCCCAUCACCGACCUCCCCGCCAUCCAAGCCGCCCUGCACCUCAUCCGCCCAACCGUCAUCUUCCACACCGCAUGCACAUACUCCCUCUCCCUCCCCGCUUCCACUCACCUCGGCAUAAACUACCAAGGAACGCUCAAUAUCCUCGCUGCCGCCCAAGCAGUGGGAUGCGUAAAAGCGUUCGUUUACCAUUCCUCUUCGUCUGUAAUUGAAGAUGGGUAUUCGGAUCUGAUUGAUGCAAGGGAGACGAAACCGGUGCUUUUUGAGGGAGAGCAGAGGUUUCCGUAUCCAUUGUCGAAGGCGUUGGCUGAGAGGGCGGUAUUGGAGGCGAAUGGGGAGGGGGAGAUGUUGACGGUUAGUAUUAGGCCGGCGGGGACGUUUGGGGAGGCUGAUGGGGAAAUGAUGGAGAAGUUGUUAGGAGCUGCGAAAAGUGGUCGGGCAGGGGUACAAAUUGGUGACGGGAAGAACGUUUACGAUUUCUUGUACGUUGGAAACCUAGUGCUCGCUCAUGUGCUCGCUGCCAAGGCUUUAUUAGGAGCUGGGAAUGGGGGAAAGGUAGAUGGGGAGGCAUUCCACGUUACUAACGAUGAGCCGUGGCUCUUUUGGGACUUCUCGAGGAGGAUUGCGAAGGAAGCAGGGUUUGAAGUGAAAAAUGUCAAAGUUGUUCCGAGGUGGGUGGCGAUGUUGUUUGCUAUCUUGACGGAGUGGUGGGUUUGGGUGAGUAGUUUUGGGAGGAGGGAGAGUGAGUUGAGUAGGCAUGGGGUUAGGUAUAGUUGUUUGACGAGGACGCUGAAUAUUGAGAAGGCGAAGAAGAGGUUGGGGUAUAAGCCAGUUUUCAACAUGGAGGAAGGGGUGAAGAGGAGUGUGGCGUGGUAUAGGGAGAAUGGUAAGUUGGACUGAGAUUCAGAUAUCU